AAAAACCCUGAUUUCUCUUUCUUUUUAUGUAGUGAAAUUCGUCUUGUAGAGAUAAUAGAGAACCUCUGUGACAGUAGUAAUUUUGAGUGCAACAACAUGGUUGAAGAACAUGAAGAACAUAUAGAAACUUGGUGGUUCAAAUGGAAGAAAAAGUACCCUGACUUCUUUAACUGGCUUUGUGUAGAGACCAUUAAAGUUUGCUGCCCUGCUGGGACACAUGGUCCAGACUGUGUCGCUUGUCGUGGGGGAUCUGAAAGGCCUUGCCAUGGAAAUGGUCACUGCGAUGGAGAUGGCACAAGGGGUGGUGAUGGCUCGUGCAGCUGUAAAAAAGAAUACAAAGGAGAUUUUUGCUUGGAAUGCUCCGAUGGCUACUACAACUCUUACAAAAAUGAGACCCAUUCUGUUUGUACAGCUUGCCAUGAUUCAUGUAAAACAUGCACAGGGGAAACUAAUAAGGACUGUAAAGACUGCAACGAUGGAUGGAUCAGAAAUGAAGAAGCUUGUAUGGAUGUGGAUGAAUGUGCUGUUGACGAACCUCCUUGCAGUAGUGACCAAUAUUGUCUAAACUCAGAUGGCUCUUUCUCAUGCAAAGCGUGUGAUAUUAGCUGUUCGGGAUGCACAGGAGAUGGACCCAGCAAAUGUAAAGCCUGCAUAUCAGGCUAUGAAAUGAAAGAUGACAAAUGCACAGAUGUGGAUGAAUGUACCUUGUCUGAAAAAGUGUGUGUAAGAGAAAAUGAAGACUGUAUUAAUACUCCAGGUGGUUACAAAUGUGCCUGCUCAGAGGGCUUUCAAGAGAAAGAUGGUGUCUGUAUUCCAGCUGUAAAAGCAGAUGAUACACCAGCUAAUGUAUCUUCAUCUGAUGUUCACGAGGACUUAUGAACUACAUUCCAAGAUGAGUGACAGUGAUAUCUAACCCUUAAGUUAUUGGACUGAAAAGCCACUACAUGAGAUAAUAUGUAAAUGGUAUUACAUAAGGGCACGUUGCCAGUGGACAUCUUUUUGGAAACAGAGGGUGAACUGCCCUUACAACUGCAUUUCUUUUUUAAAUGUAAACAAUUGCUACUUUUUAAUAUUGCCAUUAAAUUCUCCUAAUAGUAGACGUGUCUGGGAACAAAAAAAAAUUACAAAAGCUUUUCAGUGCUUUUGAUUAAAUUGAACUGUGAGUUGCCCAGUUAACCACUAACCUUGUGGGACAAAGUAAAAUAAAAUAAAUUGGGAAACAAAAUGCUCUUGGAUGUAAACAACAUUUCUAUGACUAAAACUUGUCUUUUCAAUAUUAGUAAUGGGAGGUUUUAUUGGGGGAAGGGGAUUGGAAAAUACUCUUUGUGUAAAUGAAAACAAUGUCAGGUGUGACAUUAAAUAAAGAUUUAUUUUGGCUGCUUUGUA